UUUCCAGCCUGUUACGGUGACAGAAGGGCUCUCACCUCUCCUGGCUGUUGUGCACAAAAAUGGUGCUGCACGCAGUCUGGCUUUGCCGAUCCAGCCCCGAGGGACAGAGGACAAGAGGGAAGGUGGGAGGAGGCACCUCCGUGCAGGAACAGAGGUGGUUCUGGUGCCAAAACCACGAGGCUCACGUUUUGGUAGAUGAGAUGAGAGAAGAGGGAGGUAUGAAAAGUGGCAAUCAAACUGCAGCCAAGGCCUGCACGGGCAAGCUGCUGCUUGUACUGCGUCAGCUUUGGGAGCAGAGGUGGCUUUUCACGGGGCUCAGGACAGUGUGUAUCACCACCAGGUGAGCGUCAGCUGUCAGACCUCCCAGACAGGGCAUUCCCUGCCCGGGCAGGACGCUGGGAUCCCCUUCUGUCACACAGCCACCAGGAAAGCUGGAUCGAGGAUGUGGAGUAAAGCCAAGAGGCUGGCAUGUUGCAGAGAGUUUUGUGGAGCAAAGAGCAGAUGCAAGCCCUCACGGGAAAAUGUGAGAUAACUGAGUUGUAAAAGGCACCUGGAGGCACUGCGGUGUCAGCACAGAGGCAGACGGAGCAGUAUGGCUGGAGUUCGCUUCCACUCUGCUCUGGUGACUGGGGCCAACCGGGGAAUCGGCCUCGGGCUCGUCCGGCACCUGCUGGCAUUGCCAAACCCACCUGAGUGGGUCUUUGCAACUUGUCGCGACCCCAAGGGGCAGCGAGCGCAGGAGCUGCAGAAAUUGGCCUCCAAGCACCCCAAUGUGGUCACUGUCCCACUCGAAGUCACCGAUCCCGCCAGCAUCAAGGCGGCCGCAGCCAGCGUCGGGGAGCGCCUCAAGGGCUCGGGGCUGAACCUCCUCAUCAACAACGCUGGGAUCAUAAGGCCAAACAAGCUUGACAAUGAAACACUGAAGGACAUGGCCGAGGUGUACACCACCAACACCAUCGCACCUCUGCUGGUCAGCCAGGCGUUCCUGCCCCUGCUGAAGAAGGCAGCCCAAGGCAGCACGGGCUCGGGGAUGAGCUAUCGCAAGGCAGCCAUUGUCAACAUGUCCAGCACUGGGGGAUCCAUUUCUUCUUUUGGUGGUUGGGAUAUAAUGGAAGUUGUCUCAUACCGCUGCAGCAAGGCUGCUCUCAACAUGCUCACCAGGUGCCAGUCCAUGGGGUACCGGGAACACGGCAUCCUCUGCGUCGCUUUCCAUCCUGGAUGGGUGCAGACAGACAUGGGGAGUGCAGCCGGACACACGGUAGGGGCUUCCCCACUUUGGAUCCAUCCACAGCCUGUGCUGUGCUGCCCUGGACCCCUGCGCAGCGCCAGCCCCGGCUCCUGGCAGCCCCGCCGCCCGCCUUCCCAGCUCUCACCCUCCUCCCAGGGCUCUGCUUCCCCCUGGUCCCGGCCGCUGCCUUCCCGCAGCCGGGCUCCAGGGCACAGCCUGGGCAGCCCUUGGGCACACACGCCUGCGUUUCUGCCUCUGCCCUGCAGCCCCCCGUGACGGUGGACGCGAGCGUAGGAGGGAUGCUGAAGGUGCUCUCCAAGCUCUCCGAGAAGGACAGCGGGUCCUUCCUGGACUGGGAAGGGAACGUUGUGCCCUGGUGAGGUGCUGGCCUGGCCUCGUGCCUGGAUCCUGGCAGUGGCCCCUCUGCUGCUGCCCGACCUCUGCUAAGUCUUCAAUAAACCCAUAUCUGACAACAGCAA